CAUGGCACGCACACCCGAAGCUUCCCCGCGCCAUCUGAUGCACCAAUUUUGGGAGGAACAUUCGCAAAAUUCCUCACUGGAGGAAAUGAUGCUGGACUCCGGAGCACAGGAACUCACUCGGGAAGAUACACCUGAGAUACUCAGUCUUUUGCCUUUCCUGGAAGGACAGGAAGUAUUAGAAUUGGGAGCCGGGAUAGGCCGAUUCACUGGAUCGCUGGCAGAUUUAGCCCGUCAUGUGACUGCGGUUGAUUUUAUGGGUAGCUUCUUAAAACGGAAUCGGGAAGGAAACGCCCAUCGGACCAACGUAACGUUUUUACAGGCUGAUGUUACCACCUUGGAGUUCCCAAGCCAGAGCUUUGACCUCAUCUUCUCCAACUGGCUGUUCAUGUACCUGUCGGAUGUCGAGCUGAAUACUUUAGUCCAAAAGAUGCUUCUGUGGUUAAGACCGCAGGGCCGUAUUUUCUUCCGGGAAUCGUGUUUUUACCAAUCAGGAAACAUCCCAAGACAUUUUAACCCUUCCUUUUACCGAAAGCCUGCGGAAUACAAUCAACUCCUCACGUCAGCCCAAGUGACGAUCGGAAACACGUCUUACGGCUUUGAGAUUGUCCUGUCCCGUUCAGUGCAGGCCUACAUCAAGAGAAAGCAAAACCAGAAUCAGAUUUGCUGGCUUCUCCAAAAAGUCCCCCGGGAGCUCAAACACACUCAUGGAUAUGACACUUUCCAGAAAUUUCUGGACAACGAACAAUAUGCCACUCGGAGCAUCCGGCGCUACGAAUGGGUCUUUGGACCCACGUUUGUCAGCACAGGGGGCUUGAACAGCACCAAGGAGCUGGUCCGCCUGCUGGAUUUGAAACCAGGUCAACGUGUGCUGGACGUGGGCUGUGGACUUGGAGGUAGCGAUUUUUACCUGGCCAAGGAAUUUGGGGUGGAGGUCUUAGGACUUGAUCUUUCGUCCAAUAUGGUGGAGCUGGCUUUGGAACGGGCCCAGAAGGAACCCAGCGCUCUGGUCCAAUUUGAAAUCAGCGAUGUCACCCGAAGAAUAUUCCCAGAAGCUUCCUUUGAUAUUGUUUACAGCCGAGACACUAUCCUGCAUAUUGAAGACAAAAUUAGACUUUUUCAGAGAUUCCUGUCGUGGCUGAAAGCAGGCGGGCAGCUUCUCAUCUCCGAUUAUUGCUGUGGGCCACGUCCGUGGUCCAUGGCUUUCAGCCGAUACGUCGAGCAGAGGAAAUACAACCUCCUGACCCCGGAAGACUAUGGCCAGUUAUUGCAAGAGGCCGGCUUCGUCCAGGUCCAAGCGUUGGACUCCACCAGCCAGAUGUUGUCUUCAUUGAGCCAAGAACUUCAAGCCCUGGAGACGAGCAAAGAGAAGUUUGUUCAGGAGUUCUCCGAGGAAGAAUUUGAAUCCAUGGCGUCCAGUUGGCGAGCAAAAUUGCAACGCUGCGCAACCGGAGACCAGCGCUGGGGAAUCUUCCUCGCUCGGAAGUCACAGUAGAUCAGGGCAGGAAUUCACACACACAAACACGCAAACACACCAGUGGUGGGCUUCAAAAAUUUUUACGACCAGUUCUGUGGGUGUGGCUUGGUGGGCAUGGCAUGGCUUGGUGGGUGUGGCAGGGGAAGAAUACUGUCAAAUCUCCAUUCUCUCCCCAAUCCAGGAGAAGGCUAUUGCAAAAUCCCCAUUCCCUCCCCAUUCCAGGGGAAGGAUACUGCAAAAUCCCCAUUUCCACCCCACUCCAGGGAAAGGAUACUGCAAAAUCCCCAUUUCCUCCCAAUCGGCUGGGACUCGGGAGGCAGAGAAUAGAUGGGAGCGG